GUCAUCCAGCACAUUUGGCAGUUGGCCGGGCGGAAGAUGGCAGGCGCCGUGGUGCUGAGCGCUAUGCUCCUGCUCUGCCUUAGCAAUUGGGUUCAGGCUGAAGCAGGUGAUGGAAGCACAGAGGAGUUCGACGUGAAGCCCGGGGGCUUGGACUACACCUACACAAGGAGACUGGGUGACUUCUCGUGCAGUUUUUCAUACGCGGCUCAGGGUGGUACUAAUGAGAAAUGGCAUAUGAGUAUUGGAGUAGAUGGGGAAAGCAGAUAUUUUUCGUGCUCGAUAUGGCGGCCUCUGGGAACAUCUUAUUUGUUUUUCACAAAGUUCAAAGCUGAAGUGUCUGGAGGGAAAAUAAAGUUCUGUGAAGCUUAUUCUCAGGCAGAUAAACCACUGAAAAAGUCAGAAUAUGAAAUAAAGAAUACGACCGUGUCAUAUAUUCCUGGCUCCUUCUUGUCAUCUCUUUCCAAGCUAACAAUCAUGGCUGAGUCAACUCAUGCAGAACUGUGAUGCAUCUUGGAAACACGUUUUACCCACGUAGUGAAAAAAAACAUUGCAAUGUCUUUUUCACGUGUCUAGUAUACAAGAGAAGAACGGUUUGCGUUUUUUCACUUGCACAGUGAGGCAGAUUUACAAAUCCUGUUAGAUGGUGUAAACUUAGACAGGUUGUCUAGACCUGCACCACAUUUAUUACAGUGACUCAGGCUAGAUGAUAAAUGAGGCACAGAGGCAGUCACUUCUUUCUAUAUCUAUACAGUGCCAACUAUUUGGCUUACUUUCAUACAAAAUAUUAUCCCAGAAUUGUGUCACGUGCAUAUUUGGUAACGCCCGUUUCCUGCAAAACUCCUCCCCCUUUUCAGUCUAGCUGCAGAUUAUUCCUCUAAACCUAAAUUUGCCACAAUUUGCUGCCAUUGACACCAGAAUCUAGUAUAUGCGCAGCACUGAUUCAGCUUUCUUUUUAUCAAAGCUUAUGGAAGAUGUAUAUGAAUUUUCAUAAAUUUAUUUUUCUCAUGUGUUACCAUCAGGGCUGGCAACUUUUAUAUCUUUUUUCUUAAUGAUUAUAAAAAGUAAUAAUAUGUGAAUGGCUCUGGAUACGAUUAGAAACAUUAGCAGCAAUUACUAUGAACUGUAAAAAAGUAAAGUCCCAAUAAAACUAGGGCUACAUGGCGACUUGUAGUUGUAUGUCAUGUUCCACAAGUUGGUGUGACAUAAGAGUAGGCAUAAAUUCUAACCUAUUGGAUUUCUGCAUGCCACAUUUACGAUCGUUGCAAUUGAGUGCAUGACAUGAUACUGCUGCACAGCCCCAAGUCGCUGUGUAACCCUAGCCUACUCUUCACUAGCUCCUCCAGUUAUAAUCACGAAUAUUCCUUUUUUAUGGACUGUCUAUGAGUUUACUGAUGGUUGACCAACCCGAUUACCACAAAUAGUGGUAUAAGAAAAGUUCUGCUUGCUUAAAAGUGAAACAUCAUGCAUUUAAGAGGAUUGUGUUUAUUUGAAAAAAUUGAAAUAAAUGUUUUUAUAUCUA